CAGAUUGCAGGUGUGCUGCUGUCUGGUGUUGCGUAUGUGUAACUUCGAAAAAUGCUCAAAAUGGCGGUGUUUUGUUAUUGAAGGUUUUGGGGGUGAGAGAUUAGGAUUGUUUUUAUCGUGAAGUGCUAUGUGGCACCUUAUUCCUCAUUAAUAACACUUCAAUGUCUGUUGACAUAAAAGGCCUCGCGUGAUCCCUGAGCCCGACAGACCGCCGCGAUGUACAACGGCAUCGGCCUGCCCACGGCCCGGGGCUCCGGCACCAACGGCUACGUGCAGCGCAACUGGGCGUCCGUGCGCAAGACCAAGGACAAGGUCCACUACAAGACGGAGGAGGAGCUGGAGAAGCUGGAGGCGUCUGGCAACAGGCAGCCCAACCAGGAGAUCCUGGACCACGAGCGCAAGCGCAAGGUCGAGGUCAAGUGCAUCGAGCUGGAGGAGAUCCUCGAGGACCAAGGAUACUCACAAGCGGAAAUUGAGGCCAAAGUGGCCGCGUAUCGCAUCACACUCAUGGAAGGUGGUGCAAAGGCCAAUACUUUGCCGAGAGAUGAAUUUGGACGUGUGACCGUGCGGGAGACCCACCAGAUCGCGGAGGCGCAGCAGGAGAAGAACGCCAAGCUGCGGGAGGCGUUCGGCAUCUCGGAGUACUUUGUGGAGGGCAGCAGCCUGGACCCCCAGCGGCACGUGAAGGAGGCCCAGGCCAAGGCGGCGGCCGAGCAGGGCAAGAAGUACACGCUGGUGCGCACGCCCAGCCCUGAGCAGCCGCCCGACCGCGGCAAGAAGAAGAAGAAGCACGACCAGGACAGUGAAUCAAGUCCAGAAUCUAAAAAAGAAAAGAAAAAGAAGUCAAAGAAACACAAAAAGGACAGAUCGACGUCUCCCAAGCACUCCAAGAAGAAGAGCUCGAACAAGGAGAAGAAAAAGGACAAAGAGCACCACAAGCGUCAGAGAGCGUCCUCAUCCUCCGGCAACACUGCGUCCGCCAGUGACAACUCCGACUUGAGCGAGGCCUCUGCGUCGGGCGAGGACAGGCAUCGGCGCAAGAAGCGGGCCAAGGUGGCCCAGGCCUCGGGAGGAGACGGCUCCGAGAAGAAGUCUCACGCAGAGAAAAGGCAUCGUAAGUGCAGUGUCAAGAAGAAGAGAGACUCUUCUGUUGACAGUUCGUCGGACAGCGAGGUCGAGAGAAUUAAUCAACCUACGAAAGUGUUGGAAUUGAAAAGCACACACCAUCACCACCACCACAAAAGCAGACACGCUUCUCCGCCCGCCCAAGACAUCCCGAAGGAGAAGCAACAGAACCAUCGCAAGCGACCCAGCAGGAGCAGCAGCAGCGGCAGCGAAGAAGACAGGCGCAGAGCUACACGUCGACGCAGCGACUCGCCUGGAAAGCAGAGUUUCCCAGCAUCCGGCGUCCGGAGGCAUCGCGACCAGAGCACGGAUCGCAAGAAGCCGCGUGGGUCUCCUACGCCCGGCGGUAGAGAGCGUGGUCACCGCAAAUCCCGGUCUCCUUCAGACAGGUCACCUAGCAGAAAUGUCAGGACCACGGAUCGGCACGACAAGACCAAGCGCUCGCCUUCGCCGAAAGCUGUGUACCGCACGUCCAGAAGCCAGUCGAGGUCGCGUUCUGCGAGGAACUCUUCGAGUCAGAAGAGAGUGGAGAAGUCGCGUUCCCCCAGAGGCAAGCGCGAGAGGAACCGUAGCAACAGUAGGUCUUCUCUUAGCAAAAGCCGUUCUAAGGCAGGGAAGGCAGAUCCCAGGAGAAGUAGUUCUCUCUCCCCACCUCCGGUGAAUCGCGGGAGAGGUCGGCAGAGUAGAUCUGAAUCACCCGCGGUUAAAGAAGUUGUUAGGAACCAGGGUCGCUCAUCACGUGUGUCCACUUCACCUAAAAGAAAGCACAGCCAUUACAUUUCAUCCAAAUCCAAGGAACGAGUUGAAUCGGUCAGUAGAAGCAGAUCUCCAGAAAAUAGAUACCCGUCAAAUGUUGAGAGUAAAAGGUAUGGUAGCAGGUCUUCGGUUAGACAGCGUUCGAGAAGUGGCAGUCGCAAUGUACCUCUGAGAAAGAGCCAUCGGUCCCCUGACAGGAGCGAAAGUAGAAGAUCGGAAUCACUUGACGGGAGAAGAGCUACCCAUAGCUAUAAGAAAAGAAAGGUAUCUCAAACCCCAGACAGGAAGGCCAAAGAAAAUAAGAGGGCCUCUUCUUCAGAUAGGCUUCGAUCGCAGUCUCCAAAAGUAAAGAAAACAUCCAGCCAUGCUCAGAGGAAUCUUGAUAGUUCUCCUUCGACUGAUAAAAGAGAAAGUUAUGUUGCACAUGACAGAAGAAAGGCUAUAGUUGAUACAGAUAAAGAAAAGAACCAUGUAGAAAAAAAUUCUCGUCAUUCUGAAAAAGAGAGAAUAUAUUCUUCGAAACACAGAAAGAUAUCCCCAGAAAAGAAGCAUCCGGAACCCUCUAAGAAGUCAUCCUACAACAGUGAAAGAAAAAGGGAAUCUUGUUCCCCAGAACCAUCUAGGACUCCUGAAAAAAGGGUUCAGCAUACAGACAACAAAAGAAGAGCAUCUCGUGCCAGUGAAAAAAGAAACUCAUUUACUCCUGAUAUAAAGGUAGUGUGUUCCUCUGAAGAAAGGGCUACCUUUCCUUCAGAAAAGCAUAGACAUAACCGCUCUCCUGAAAAAAUUAAAUCCACACAUGUGGUUGAAAACCGAAGAUCUAGUCCUUCGCCAAGAAACAGGCUAAGUUACACUCCUGAAAAGAAAAGAACAAGUCGUAACCGAGUACCUGAGAACAGAAAAGCUUCCCCGUCACCAGAACCGGCAAGACCGUCUUAUUCACCUGAAAGAAGUAGACAUGUUUAUUCGAACGAAAAACGGAAGCAUUCUAGUGAAAAGAAAAAGGCUUCGCAUCCAGUGAGAAAAAGGAGUAACACUCGCUCUCCGAAAAGGGUUUCUGUAUCUCCGUAUUCAAGGAAACCAGCUCUCAGUCCUAGAGAUAAGCUGUCUCAUUUUAAGAAAAGAAGUGUAAGUCGUUCCCCUGAAAGAAAGACUGCAUUACCAUCUAGGUACAGAGAUUCGAGAGCUGGAAGCGACAGCAAAUCACCGGUGCGAAAUAGGGGCACAGGAAAACUUUCAGAGAUGGUAAACAACAAAAAGUCGUCGAAUACGGAGACGAGGAAGAUCAAAUCGUCUAAAAAGAGACGUUCGAGCAGCAGUAGCAGCAGUAGCAGUAGCUCCGGCAGUAGCAGCGGCAGCAGCUCUAGUCUGAGCUACUCGCCUGUCGAGAGGAGCCCGCACCGGUACAAAGACAUCCUUGGCUCGAAGAACGUCCACUCGCGGUCCAGGAGGAAGGACGGCUCGCGAACCAAGUCUCGCGUGCGUUCGCAGCCCAAGAAUCAGAGACCGUCUAUAACAGUGGUGCCCCGGGUUUGUUUGAGGUCUUGCAGCGGCGAAGAGGAGGAAACUGACGCGAAUAAUGAUAGAGAUGUGAAAGAGAAAGAAGACACAGAAGAAAUGGAAAAGUUGAAGUUCUUGAAAUCGGAACUGGCGGAGAAGGCAAAGGAGUCAUUGGAGAAGUUAUUCAAAGUUUCGCCAACCCUUGCUAGUUCAGAAAAUUCUACUUUAGACACUAACUCUAAGAAAGAUAGUAUGUUGAACAAUUCUACUUCUAAAGAAAGCACUAAAGAUAGUGUUGUUAAAGAAAGUUCUUCCAAAGAUAGUGUAUCAAAAAUUGUAACUCCAAAAAGUAAAAUUCCUAAAAAUGGUAGUCCCUUGAAAGAUAAUACUUCAAAAGAUACACUUAUGAAAGAUGUUACAUUAAAAGAUACUACUCUAGAGGAUAGUGGUUCCAAAGGUGGUUUGUCGAAAAAUUCUCUCUCAAAAGAUAGUAUGGUUAAAGAUAAGGUGUCAAAAGAUGAUAACUCAAAAGGGAAUGUAGAAGAGAGUUCCUUGAGAGAAAAUGUUUUCAAAACUGGUUCCUUUAAAGAUAUUUUAUCAAAAGCUAGUGUAACAAAAGAUGUGACAAAAUAUCCUGUAUCAAAUGAUAUUGUAUCUAAUGAUGUGUCGAAAGAUAAUAUAACAAGAGAUACUGUGCCAAAAAUUAAUGUGUCAAAAGAAACAUCGAAAGAUUGUUUGUUGAAAAAUACUUCAUCGAUGAUGGAUAGUUCAUCAAAAACUUCUACAUUAAAAGAGAAUACUUUAAAAGUUGCUGCUAAGGAUAAUGCUUUAAAAGAUAAUCAAUGCAAAGGUAAUAAUAGUAAUACCUAUAAAGAUAUUAUUAUUACAGACAUAAGCCCUCCUCCUACUAAUAAUUUAAAUGCAGUAGCAUUUCCAGCAGCUAUUGUGUCUGAAAUAGCGCUGCCUGACAAAGCUCCUCCAAGCAAAGAUGCUAAAACUUCUAAAAUUGUUUUACAGAGUGAAAAAGUUGCUUCGAUUGCAAAAUCUCCCGAGCUCCCUGUACCUUUCCUUCCUGACCUGAUACCGAAACCUCCAGGCUCGCCACCCCCAAGGACGCCGGAAGCUUUACCGAAGCAAGAGGUGAUCAAUCUCGACUGCAAGAAGUCGCCGGGAGACUCGGAGGGGAACACCCCUCCGAAGCUCCCAGAGCCGUGCAAGAAGCGCCGGCGAAAGCGACGCGAGUCCUCGGACGAUGACGAGGCGUCCGAUUCCAGCAGCCAGUCGCGGUCGAGGUCGCAGGGUCGGAAAAAGAAGAAGAAGAGGAAAAGGAAGUUGAGGCGCUCUCACAGCUCAUCUGGAUCUUCAGAUAGUGGCAGCUCGUCGCCCUCGGGCAGCGCCGAGAGCUGGUCCUCGAGCAGCAGCCGCUCGGCCUCGCACAGCCGCUCGCGCAGCCGCUCGCCGUCCCGGUCCGCCUCGCGAAGCCGCUCGCCGUCGGCCAGCAGCGACGACAGCUCGCGGGGGGGCGGGGGGGGAGGCGGAGGAGGAGGCGACGACGACGACCGUCGCCAGAGCGCUCCCAGCAGCAGCAGCAGCAGCAGCAGCAGCAGCGACGGCUCGCGUAGCCGCUCCCGCUCCCCCUCCAUCCCGCGUCGCCGCGGGUCCCCCAGCUUCCUGGACCGCCGCCGCAUAACCAGAAAGAGAAGAAGAGACUCCAGUUCAUCCUCAACUUCUUCUUCUUCCUCGUCCCAAAGCAGUGAUGCGAGCCCUUCUAAAAAAUGACAAGGCUCCGCCUCUUGACAUAGCUCGCAAUAUAACUUUUAAAAAAAACUUCACUAAAAAAUGUUGCGCGGAAUGGUGAAAACAAAAACCAUCUGGCUUCGACUUUUCAGGGAAGUGAAGGUUAUUGAAGCUUGCAGACAAGUUCUGAAAUUUGCAAUUUUUUGAGAAGAUAAUGUCUGCUGACUUGAAAGAUGUGUUGCAUGUGAAUGUAUUUCUGUGUGUACCUUUGUCUUGGUGUGUAGAUUAUUAUUUUGUUUGUUUGGCACAGUUUAUUUUAUUUGCAAAUUUUGUUUUGCAAUACAGUUGUGUGACUGUUGCAUAGCUAUGCUUCCAUUGUCAAGUUUUUUUGUUAAAUGAGUUUUGUUGAAGCAAAACAUAGAGGCAAACAAAGUACGUGGAGAUUGUUAGUUAGUGUUCUAUAAUAUGCUGACAGAUUAAAUUUAUGUCCUUCAGGAGCCCAAAGUGAUAUUUCUCUGCGAGAUCUGUUCUCUAAUGUAGAUGCAUUGUCGAUAGCAAGAUGAUUGAUAAACAUUUAUUUGCAAUUCUUUGUCAAGCAGUGGUCAUCAGAUUUUUGCAUCAGGAUAGCUACUGAUUUGAUACUUAAAAAUAUUUUGUGCCUUUAUUCAUAUUUUAAAUAUAAUUUUUUGAUUAUUAUUAUAUUGUGAAAAUCGGAUUAUGUGAUGAUUAUAAUCUGAGUAAGAAUUAUAUUAGCAUGAAAAACAGUCGUGAUAGGUGGUGUCAAAUGAAAAAAUUAAAAUACUUGAACUCACCUCAGCAUUUGAACUUGAACAAUGUCUAAAAUUAUAGUUACAUCUGUCAGUUCAAAAUGUUGAUUUUGGCAACAAAAGCAGUAUGAAUACGGUACUUGUUUUAAUUAUUUAUUUUUAAUGUAAAAAAUAAAAAUACAAAACCUGAAUGACGAAAGAAUAAUUUUUUGUAGACAUAUUAGUGUUCAUUCCGGAAAUCUGGCCACCACUUUUUAAUUUUUUUUAACUGUUCUGUGUUAAAGCAACGUAGAAGGGAAUUUGUAAAGAAAUUGCUGCAGCCAUUACUGCAGGUAUGCCCAGUACUAGCUAGUUUGUGAAUUAAAGGUCAAGAAUUCCUUCCAGUCAGAAAGACUAUUUAUUUUUAAUUGGAACUGCCAUUGUAUUAGUAAAUCAUGCUUUGGGCAGCUCUAAAAUGUGUUUAUGAUCAUUUCACAUUUAAUCUUGGUGUUUAUUUCAUAAAAAAAAAUUAAGGAAGCGAAGAUUUAAUGUGUUGCAUAUUUAAUGUAUUGUAUAUUUAAUAUUUGGAGGAUUUAUAUGAGUGAUAGAUAUACAUCCGAUUAUAUUCGCGCACUCUACAGCUUGGAGGCAGAUUACAAUAUUGCAGUAUAUUCUCAUCACCUCUGUCCACUCCCAUUUUCAUGACUAAUGAACAGGAAAAGUGUUUUUUCUUUCUUCUCUUUUUGUAGGAAAUAAUUAGUAUCACAAUAUUUACUGUACAUUUUAAUGCCUUUUUAGUGACGCGAGAAACUUGUAAAUAUGAGCACCUUUAAGAAAGGUUUAUAAAUUUACGAAAGCUCUGAAACAUGUAUUAACAACUGGAUACCACUUGUGUAGCAAAAAUAACCAUUAUAGAUACCUAUGUAUACACAUUUAAUUUAAUUUUUUUUAUCGUAGGAGUGCUAUGUAUUAGUUCCAACUAUAAUUUUUACAUAUUUUGUUGUUGUAAAUGUGCUGUUCACUUCUUUUCCAGUAGUAAAGUAAGGUAGUCUGUGAUGUAAUUUAGGUAUGUGCUCCUUGAGUUGUGUGUAAAUUUCAUUAUGUACACUUGUACUGUAUGUACACCUGACUCAUUGCAGCACGUACAAGCACUGUAUUUUACUUCCACACACACAUUAGUUUUUACUUGCAAAACACCACUUGGUAAGUGUAAAUUGCUUAUGAUAUCUAGUUUGUGCAUUAUUGAUCGAUGUAUACUAUAUCUAUUGCUUGGUUUCAGAAAUUUUGUACAAAUAAAAUGUAGUUACUGUAAAA